UUUUUUUUUUUUUUUUUUGAGGUACAGUAUCAGUUUCAGCAUGUUUCAUGUUUCUGAGGGAUGUAGUCUCCUGUCCCUCCCUUCUUAUCUCAGUCUGAGCUCUCAAAAUGGCACUGUCUGUCCUCUGUAUUCUCAUGAGUACACUUUUCUACAAAGUAAAUGCCUUAACCUGCUAUCAGUGCAUUCCUGAGACAUCAACUAAAUGCACUGAAACUAAAGUGGAGUGUCCUGUGGGUCAGUGUGGGACCAUGAAAACCACAUCGUACACAGGAAACAACAAAUUGGCUGACAUGGUUAUGAAGAACUGCUCUGCAGCUCGACAAUGCGGGACUGCCUCUGUAAACUUUGGAAUUACUCAAAUAUUCAUAAACAAUCAGUGCUGCGGCACUAACCUGUGCAAUAAUAACCAAAGCGAACCAGAACCACCCAAAAGUAUCCCAAAUGGAAUGGAUUGCUACACCUGCAAUGGAGAAGACUGCUCAUCAACUUUACCUUGUGCUAAUGAUGAAGAUCAUUGUAUCAAGGCAACAGUCAAUACUGAUGGACAGACGCUGAUAAUGAAAGGAUGUGCAACCUUAAGUUUCUGUAGGGGUGACCUGCCCACCCAGAUCGGCCAGUCCAGUUCAUCAUCGGUGGACCUGAACUGCUGUGAAGGACAUCUCUGUAACAGCGCUCAAUCCGUCAAUCCGAGCCGCUGGUUUCAGCUGGGGCUUCUGAUGUAUGCCAUCAUACAGAUGACAUUUUGA